CAUAGGAGGGAGAGGAGAACUCCUCCACCGUGUUCUUUUGUAAACAGAACGGAGUGCUGUGCUGCCUCCGUUCUCUCUCCGUCUUCUCCUCAAGUCUCCCUUCCUCAGUUGUAACCGCGGAGGUUCAAAGAGAGCUGUAGUACAGUAAGCGACGUUAACUAGGUACGAGCUCCGGGACAUUUCUCCCGGUCUCCCGAGCCUGAAUGUCAACCAGCGGCUCCAGCUCCUCUUCUCUGCGGAAGGACUUCGAUGUGAAGCAGAUUCUCCGGAGCCGAUGGAGGUGGUUCGGUCACCCGGCUGUUCCCGCGCACCACAACCCCCCGCUAGGAGACUUCUUUACCGGGAGAGAAGCAGGGGCCAGCCCCGGAGAGAACCAGAGCCCCUCUGUUAGUGUCUGUUCUACCAGUAACGGAACCGGUAACGGCACCAGAACAGGAAAUGACUGCAUAGUAGCUGUUGGAACGAGCGGUAACGGUAGUUGUAGUGGUAAUAGUUCAUGCAACGCCAAUAACAGAACGUUUACGGAUAAUUAUGCUGGGAGUCCCACUGAUCACCUCCCGGUAACAGCGUUUGCAGCCACGGCAGCUGGACAUUCCUCAUGUCCGCGGUCCUUCAGCCAACCGGAGUGGGUCACCCGGUUGUCUGUCUCUCACUCUCGGCCGGUAACGGACACAGAGCGCCCCGGGGACGGCUCAUCGCUCCUCCAACCCGCGGUACCGGAGGCGUCUGUUCCCGUGGCUGAAGAGGAGACGGGUCUGACGGGAACCGAGAGAAAUAAUAACCGCGACGACACUGCCUCCAGCUCCUGCAGCAGCGCAACGCUGUCCUCAUGUGUGUCGAUGGAGCCAUGUGUGUCCCCCGACGAGUGUGUGUACACGGCUCACGCACACGCAGACCUGACCUUCAGCAGGAUGGAGACCUACCUUCGAACCAAACAGCUGUGUGACGUCACUCUGGUGGCAGGGGACAGGAGGAUACCUGCUCACAGACUGGUCCUGUCGUCGGUGUCUGACUACUUUGCGGCCAUGUUCACCAGUGAUGUCCGAGAGGCCAAACAGGAAGAGGUUAAGAUGGAGGGAGUGGACCCUGAUGCAUUGUGGGUGCUGGUACAAUACGCUUACACAGGUCGUGUGGAGUUGAGAGAGGACACUAUAGAGUGUAUAUUGUCAGUAUCAUGUCUCCUCCAGCUCCAGUCAGUGGUCCAGGCCUGCUGUAACUUCCUCAUCAAACAGCUGCACCCGUCUAACUGUCUGGGGAUACGCAGCUACGCAGACACACAGAGCUGUACACACCUCCACCACGCUGCUCACAGCUACACCAUGGAGAAGUUUGUGGAGGUGGUGAAAGGUCAGGAGUUUCUCCUCCUCCCGCUAGAAGAGAUGGACAGAUUGUUGUCCUCCGACGAUAUGAAUGUUCCAGACGAGGAAACCGUGGUUACAGCAUUGCUAAGCUGGGUCCGCCAUGACGUUUCCACCCGGCAACCACACCUGCCCUCGCUCCUCGCUCACAUACGACUGCCUUUACUGCAAACACAGUUUCUAGCAGACCUGGAGUGUAGCCCUCUGCUUCGAGACAGUGUGGAGAGUCAGAGGCUUUUAAUGGAAGGUAGGACACACAGGCCCUGUCCUAAAUCUGUCUUCCCUACUGCUGAAGGUAGGACACACAGGCCCUGUCCUAAAUCUGUCUUCCCUACUGCUGAAGGUAGGUCACACAGGCCCUGUCCUAAAUCUGUCUUCCCUACUGCUGAAGGUAGGUCACACAGGCCCUGUCCUAAAUCUGUCUUCCCUACUGCUGAAGGUAGGUCACACAGGCCCUGUCCUAAAUCUGUCUUCCCUACUGCUGAAGGUAGGUCACACAGGCCCUGUCUUAAAUCUGUCUUCCCUACUGCUGAAGGUAGGACACACAGGCCCUGUCCUAAAUCUGUCUUCCCUACUGCUGAAGGUAGGACACACAGGCCCUGUCCUAAAUCUGUCUUGCCUACUGCUGAAGAUAGGACACACAGGCCCUGUCCUAAAUCUGUCUUCCCUACUGCUGAAGGUAGGACACACAGGCCCUGUCCUAAAUCUGUCUUCCCUACUGCUGAAGGUAGGACACACAGGCCCUGUCCUAAAUCUGUCUUCCCUACUGCUGAAGGUAGGACACACAGGCCCUGUCCUAAAUCUGUCUUCCCUACUGCUGAAGGUAGGACACACAGGCCCUGUCCUAAAUCUGUCUUCCCUACUGCUAAAGGUAGGACACACAGGCCCUGUCCUAAAUCUGUCUGUCCUAUUGCUCAAGCUAGGUCAUACUGACAGGCCUUGUCCCAAAUCUGUCUCCAGGGGGCAGUAAAUCUAUGUUUACCUGUUCAGACAACACCUCCAGGGAGCAGUACAUAUCAACACCUCCAGGGGGCAGUACAUCUCAACACCUCCAGGGGGCAGUACAUAUCAACACCUCCAGGGGGCAGUACAUCUCAACACCUCCAGGGGGCAGUACAUAUCAACACCUCCAGGGGGCAGUACAUCUCAACACCUCCAGGGGGCAGUACAUAUCAACACCUCCAGGGGGCAGUACAUCUCAACACCUCCAGGGGGCAGUACAUAUCAACACCUCCAGGGGGCAGUACAUCUCAACACCUCCAGGGAGCAGUACAUAUCAACACCUCCAGGGGGCAGUACAUAUCAACACCUCUAGGGGGCAGUACAUAUCAACACCUCUAGGGGGCAGUACAUCUCAACACCUCCAGGGGGCAGUACAUCUCAACACCUCCAGGGGGCAGUACAUAUCAAGACCUCCAGGGGGCAGUACAUCUCUUUUUACAUGUUCAGACAACACCUCCAGGGGGCAGUACAUCUCAACACCUCCAGGGGGCAGUACAUCUCAACACCUCCAAGGGGCAGUACAUCUCAACACCUCCAGGGGCAGUACAUCUCAACACCUCUAGGGGGCAGUACAUUGCAACACCUCCAGGGGGCAGUACAUCUCAACACCUCCAGGGGGCAGUACAUAUCAACACCUCCAGGGGGCAGUACAUCUCAACACCUCCAGGGAGCAGUACAUAUCAACACCUCCAGGGGGCAGUACAUAUCAACACCUCUAGGGGGCAGUACAUAUCAACACCUCUAGGGGGCAGUACAUCUCAACACCUCCAGGGGGCAGUACAUCUCAACACCUCCAGGGGGCAGUACAUAUCAAGACCUCCAGGGGGCAGUACAUCUCUUUUUACAUGUUCAGACAACACCUCCAGGGGGCAGUACAUCUCAACACCUCCAAGGGGCAGUACAUCUCAACACCUCCAGGGGGCAGUACAUCUCAACACCUCUAGGGGGCAGUACAUUGCAACACCUCCAGGGGGCAGUACAUCUCAACACCUCCAGGGGGCAGUACAUCUCAACACCUCUAGGGGGCAGUACAUCUCAACACCUCUAGGGGGCAGUACAUCUCAACACCUCUAGGGGGC